AGGUGCUAGUAAGCAAUUAGACAUGUCGCUAGAUCCAAAAUAUUAUCUUUGAUCAGUAGAAAUCUGAACAUUAUUCAUCGUUUAUUCAGUUAACCGACCUGUUGUUACAUGUAUGUGUUUCGCAUUCUGAUGCCGACCGAAGGGCAACAUAAACAAACAAACACCAGGCAGCAGUCACCACAUCGAACGUGUCACAAGUUCAACAUAAAUAAUCAACAUAAAUAACCAUCGGUCCAGACAGUGCUUUCUGUGCAGCAUUUUAACAGCUGCGAUAUACUGCCCAAUAUGGACAAAUUCUACCUUGAAAACAAUGCUCUGUACCAGAAUCUAGUUGCGGCCUUCAACAACACAAGGAGUGCAAAUGUGUCUGCGCCUCAGACCAAAAAACCGUCCACUGAACUAUCGAGUUCGAACAUGAUAGUCAGUGCACGAAUCAGGCCGUUGUUGAAUGAAGACAUUGCAGCUGGUUUUCCCUGUGCUGUAUACCCUCGGUCAGAGAAAAGUGGUGUUGUUGACCUCCACGAUCUAUAUAAUCAUCCCAGGGGACGGCCAGUACUGAGGUCCUCCAAAUACCAGGUAGACAGACUCUUUACACCCAAGGCGACCACCGAGGAUAUUUACGACAACCUCGUAGCCAACCUCGUCCCCUUCGCCUGGAAUGGCGGCAUUGGGACCCUCUUCGCCUACGGCCAGACAGGCUCUGGCAAGACCUUCACCGUCAGCCAACUCGAGAAACUCGUCGCCAUGUCGCUGAUGGCCAAAGACACUGGCCUUGACGGCACUAGGGAAGUCUACAUGACCAUCAUCGAUCUUGCCGGAAACUCUGCCUACGACUUACUCAGCUCCCGCAAGCCGAUCUCCAUCCUCGAAGAUUCCUUUGGAGUCACUCAACUGGCCGGGGCAACCGAGCACCUCGUGCAGGAUAGAGCCGAGGUCAUGAAUUUAAUUGACAGCGCGGCGUCGUUCAGACGCACGGCACCGACGAAGAAGAACGACGCUUCGUCGCGCUCCCACGGCAUAUGUCGUAUCCGCAUCAAGGACCCAGCGACAGCCUCCGAAGGGCUUUUAUAUCUCGUCGACCUGGCCGGGUCCGAAGCAGCGCGUGACGUCGCAGUACACGGAGCCGACCGCAUGCGUGAGACACGCGAGAUCAACAUGAGUCUGUCGGUGUUGAAAGACUGCAUACGGGGUAAGGUUGAAUCCGACGCAUAUGCAUAUUCGCUAUCCUCCAAAUCAAAGCAAACCAGAAACAAACCGCGAGUGCCGUUCCGACAAAGCGCGCUGACGAAGGUCUUGAAACACGUUUUCGACCCUGCAAGCAGUCGUGUGUGCAGGACGGUUGUAAUCGCCUGCGUAAACCCAAGUCUUGCCGAUGUAAGUCCAAGCAAGAACACGCUCCGAUAUGCCGAGAUGCUGCGUGUGCAGGUGCCGGUUGGGAUGGCCGAUAAGACAGAGUCUAACCCGCGAGCUCCAAUGUCAUGGACGAAUAGACAAUUGAAGGAGUGGGUUGCGAAGAACUCUGGCUACCCCCCAAUCAAGUCCUCUAUCCUUGCACCUACCGAAUCGGGCACCCAACUCCUGCAUCUCCCGGCGGAAGAGUUUGAGAAUCGAUGCCUUAAGACCCCCGGUGUCAGCGCCGGGCAAGCCAAGGCCUUCCGCUCCAAGCUCUGGCAGAUGCAUAUUGACUCACAACGUGCGAGUGAUAGUCUGAAUGAAUCAGCAGAGUCAACCCCUGAUAGUCGAAAGCUAAGCGGAUAUUCAAGCCGGGAUUUAUCUCCUUCCGCUGCUACAGUGCCAUUCAAAGACCGCAUUCGCCCGGGUAUGGUGGUUAGCUGGGCUCAUAGCGACAGCGACCCAGCGCUCAAAACGUCGGAACGGACACAAUUGGCAGUUAUCCUUUCCCCACUUGAGGCUGUACGGGACGGUGUGAAUUUCGUAGUUGAUCGAGCGGAAAAUGGACACCAGGAUGGUCUAGCACAAGGCACGGAGACUGGCGGUAGUGGUGCGCGGUAUUUGUGUGGACUCGUGACGCCCGGGCAGAUAGCGGAGGCUUAUGAGAUGAAUUUGUGGCAGCAGGUCGUUAUUGAUGUCGGCAUGAUGGAGAGUGAGGUGAUUUUGGAGUAUGACACUGGAACUAGGUACUAUUAUAUUUCUGUAUAGCGCAGGGAGGAGUUGUGUUUGGCUAAGAGUACAUGUACAUACGUAGACUCAUACGUCAAUUGAUCUGAUAUAUCCAUGUUUGACUGGCUACAUUUACAUGCACUUGACGCUGAGAGAGC